AUGAAGAUAGGGUUUUGCAUAAAGUUACCAGAGGCAUGGCUGCAGAUACUUCUUUCCUUCUGCAGUGUCCUGAUUGGAUUCCAUAUCGGCUCGUGCCUUCAGAGAGCAAACAAGGUUGAUGUCUUGAAACUUGUGGCCUUAUCAGAAGAUCAUACUCCAAAAUGCUUACCUGCAGCUUUCAAAGCAGAUAACAUACCUAAAAUAUUCGCCACAACAAAUCCCCGCGGUGCAGAAAGAUUGCCCCCUGGCAUUGUGCAGCCUUAUUCGAAUUUCAAUCUCAAUAAUAGUGGUGCAGAAAAGGCUAAGUACCUACUGACAGUAACAGCUGGAAUGGAACAAAAAGACACAGUUAACAAGAUUGUCUCUAAGUUCUCUGAAAAUUUUGCAAUUGUGUUAUUCCAUUAUGAUGGAAGGGCGAGCGAAUGGGAUGAAUUUGAAUGGUCGAAUCGCGCCAUUCAUGUCAGUGCCAGAAAACAAACCAAAUGGUGGUAUGCGAAACGCUUUCUCCACCCGGGCAUUGUAGCCCAAUAUGACUACAUAUUUAUCUGGGAUGAAGAUCUUGGGGUGGAACACUUCAAUGCAGAUAGGUACAUUGGGCUGGUCAGGAAACAUGGAUUGGAGAUAUCACAGCCUGCAAUUGUAUCACAGAAAGGCUUGACAUGGCUGAUGACAAAGAAGAGGCACAACGUUGAAGUACAUAGGAGGGUGAAGGAAGCAUGGCCUGGCCAGUGCCCUGACCCAAAUAAGCCUCCCUGUGCAGGGUUUGUGGAGAUCAUGGCACCAGUUUUCUCCAGAGAAUCAUGGAGCUGUGUUUGGAACUUGAUUCAGAAUGACUUGGUGCAUGGAUGGGGUCUUGAUUUUGCCCUGUGGAGAUGUGUAGAAAAUGCACAUGAGAAGAUCGGAGUUGUAGAUGAUCAAUGGAUAGAGCAUUUGGUCCUACCCUCACUUGGAAACCAGGGAGAGUCCAUAAAUGGAAAGCAACCCUGGGAAGGGGUCCGAGCAAGGUGCUUCAAGGAAUGGAAAGAAUUUGAAAGGAGGAUGGAGCAAGCAAAAAAGAAUCAGUCCAGGUGGAGAUCACAUUAG